AUGAGAGCAUCUUUCAAGAACUCUGCACGGGCCACGGAUGCCUAUGUGACUGUGCCUGUGAUUGGAGAUCCAAGCAGUGCUCUGUGGGCCAGCAGUGGAAAGGAGACUCUAGCCAUUGAUGAUUUCAUGGAGAGAGAUAACGAUAUGGUCUGCUCUGUCUACUACAGCGCUGUCAACGACAGAGACAUUCUGUGGGCUCUGGGCAAUAUUCCCAAGACACAAGACCUUCAGUGGCGUUUCAAUCAUGGCUUCUACGGCUACGAGUUUGUGGGCAGACGCAGCAACGGAGCUAGAGUUAUUGGUCUUGUCCCUGGUUUGGCUUUGGCCACAAGUCUGAACUACAAACGUGGCCUUGUGAUGGACCUUCCUGACAGUUGGACCAUGAAGGACGCAGCUUCAGUUCCCUAUGCCUAUUGCUCUGUCUACUACGCUCUGGUGGUGAAGACUCCACUGAGAGAAGGUCAAAAGAUACUGGUGCAUUCGGGUGCCUCUGCUACAGGGACAGCUGCCAUCCGUACAGCUCUCAGUGUCGGCGCCACUGUCUACACCACAAUUGAGUCAGAAGAGGAGAGGAAGUAUAUGAAGAAAUAUUUCCCCAAACUAGCGGAGUCUCACAUUAUCUUCAGGAAACAGGAACUAAGUAUCACUGACGGCAUUGAGAAACUGACCAGUGGUCAAGGUGUGGACGUGGUUCUGAGUCCUUGUGCCAACGACGAGCUCUUUGAAGAAAGUGUCUCCUCCCUUGCUUGCUGCGGCCAGUACGUGGAGAUUGGACGCACAAACACCAGCAAGGUUGUGGAAGCCUUUGCGGCCAAACUGAUGCAGAGGAACAUGACGUACACACGUGUGGACACUGUGGUCAUCCUCAACGACAAGGCCAGCCAUGCCAAGCUCAUCCAGUGUGUGGGCAAGGACCUGGAAAGAGGAGUUAUCAAGCCCAUCGGUGCCACACUUUACGAGGCCGCACAGAUCAGCCAGGCCUUCAAAGCCGCUUCAGAGAACAGGGUGCUUGGAAAAGUCGUCAUACAGAUUCGGGAGGAAGAGCUCUACGACAGCUUCCUCUCUCAACCCUUGAGUCUUCCCGUCAACCCACGGGUGACCUGUGACCCCAGGAAAGUGUACAUCUUGUGUGGUGGCCUUGGAGGGUUUGGACUGGAAAUGGCUCACUGGCUGGUGCAGAGGGGUGCCAGGAACAUCGUGCUCACCUCCAGACGUGGUGUGAGAACCGGCUACCAGGAAUACAAGAUCACGAUGCUUCAGAGGUAUUACAAAGCUAACAUUUCUGUGGUGGCCACCACGCUCAAGUCCACCGCUGAUGCACGUGCACUUAUACAGCAAGCUCAGCAGAUGGGACCUGUAGGAGGCAUCUUUAUUCUCACUCUG